AACGUCAGUUAACUUGUCUUCUUGAUCGUUUAGAGAAUUUGAACUUUUGAUCGCUGCGCAAAUUUUGUUCCCUGCAAACUUCUUCGUCAAAAUGCAUCCCCGCUCACUGCUUCCCGUAAUCUGCAUCGUCGCCGCCGUCGCCGCUGUCGUCUUCUACUCUCCUCCGCCAGUUUCAGCUCAAUCGCUAUCGUUAAGGUCGUCGUCGUUCUCUGUUGCUCUUGAAACCCUUCAGAAGCAUAUCAAUUAUGAUUUUCAGAACAUCGGACUUCUCCGCCGUGCGAUGACUCACUCGUCUUAUUCUGAAGAAAACAACAAAGCGUUCAGUAUUCUAGGUGAGGACAUCAUUGAAACAACUGUUUCCCUCAGAUUGUUAGCUAAAGAUGUGGAUAUAUCGUCCAAGGAUCUGACCGAUCGGGUGUCGGAGAUAUCGAAGGUGGAGACGUCGUGUGCUGUUGACGGCAUGCGUUUAGGGCUGCAGAAUGUGGUUAGGGUCUCUUCGAACACAAAUUCUUCUACUUCCUCGGUUGUUUGUGGUGCUUUUAGGGCGAUUUUUGGGGCCAUUGCGCUUGAUACAGGGAAGUCUGAUGAUGCUGGCAAUGUGUUCUUGGUGGUUCAUGGCGGUGCUGGAGGUACGUUUUCCAUGUGAGGAUUAAUCCCAUUUCAUGCUCCUUGUUUGUAAGUUCACUUUGAUGCUUAUUAGUAAUGUAUUAUAAUCAGUGGAUUCUGAAGUCUCAAAUGCACUCCUAUCACUUUGUUAAUAUUCAGUGCCUAUUUGAUUGUUUA